AUGGUCGCUGAUCGUAAAUAUUACGACCUAUUAGAUAGCCAGCCAGAGGCUUCGCAGGCUGAUUUGAAGAAGUCUUAUCGUAAGAAAGCUCUUCGUCUUCACCCAGACAAAGGUGGUGAUCCUGACUUGUUCAAGGAAGUCACUCACGCCUACGAAGUCCUCUCCGACGAGGACAAGAGACAAAUGUACGAUCAAUACGGUGAAGAAGGUUUGCAAGGCGAUGCAGGCAUGGGCAUGGACCCAGGCGACCUCUUCUCUCAAUUAUUCGGUGGCUUCGGUGGCGGUCGUCGUCCUACUGGCCCACGGAAAGGUAAAGAUUUGGUCCACAGACUGAAUGUCUCAUUGGAGGACAUGUACAAAGGAAAGACUACAAAGCUUGCUUUGAACAAGAACUCAAUUUGCAAUGGCUGUGAAGGUAGAGGCGGUAAAGCUGGCUCCGUUAAGCAAUGUACCUCUUGUCACGGUAGAGGUAUCAAGGUCUCUCUCCGCCAACUCGGUCCUAUGAUGCAACAAGUCCAACAGCAAUGUGACAGCUGUAACGGCCAAGGUGAAGAAAUCCCUGCAAAGGAUCGCUGUAAAACUUGCAACGGUAAAAAGAUUACUUCUGGUCGUAAAACUCUUGAAGUUCACAUUGAUAAGGGUUUGAAGAAUGGCGCUCAAAUCGUCUUCAACGGUGAGGCUGAUCAAGCACCUGGUACCCUUCCUGGUGACGUUGUUAUCGUUGUUGAAGAGAAGCCACAUAGCAUUUUCAAGAGAAAGGGUAAUGACUUAUUCGCUGAUAAGGAAAUUGACUUGUUAUCUGCACUCGGCGGCGGUUCAUUCACCAUUCCACAUCUCGAUGAACGCUUAAUAAAGGUUUCUUGGCCAGCAGGUGAAAUUAUCACACCAGAGUCACUUCGUAAGAUUCCUAAAGAAGGUAUGCCAUCACAAAGAUUCCACGAAUUAGGUGAUCUCUUCGUAAACAUUAAGGUUAAGUUCCCAGAAACUAUCAGCCCAGAGUUAGUUCCACACCUCGAAAAGGCAUUGCCACCAAGAAAUGUACCAGAGAGUACUUCAUUGCACGUUGACGACGUUGCAUUCGAGCAACUCUCUGCCGGUCAACAAGCUGAGCAACACCACCGUCCUGAUUCGAUGGAGGAAGAUGACGAGGAUGAUAUGCGCGGUGGUGCAGGUCCAGGUGUACAAUGCGCCCAACAGUAG